AUCUUUUAUUGAUUUCAGCAAUAGUGAAGAACACACCUGCCGAAUUUCCCUAUCACAUAUAUUUGUCGUGAAAGUAACGAGUUGCUCAGUGUUAAAGCUGCACUAUUUGACAAAAUUUUAAACGGAAUUGCACCGCAACUUUUAGUUUUCGUGCAGAAAUGUGUAAAUUGUUGAAUUUUGUAAAUUUUAUAAUCUGUGUAGCGACAUUCAGCCAAACAAUGGACCCCUGUGCAGCUAUAAAGCGCGGACCGCAUCACCCGCGCAGUGAACAGUCCAAAACACGUAAAGUGGAUGAGCAUUUAACGCACGAAGAGCAUCGCAUCGAUGAGGAUCUUAAGGAAAUGGGCAUAAAUGUCAAUUUGGAUAGCAUGUCCGAUGAGGAGAAGAAUUUCUACUAUUUUAAGAUUCAUGACAGCGAUAAUAAUAAUGCGCUGGAUGGUCUGGAGAUGUUACAAGCGGCCAUACAUCAAGAUGAACAUUUCAAAAAAGUCGAUCGAGAUAAUUUCCUGCACAAUGCCACCGAAGAAUUGAAUCAUAUCAUAGAGGUUAUUGAUGAGUUCCUGCAAAUCGCGGAUGCUAAUAAGGAUGGCUUCCUACACUAUGCGGAAUAUGUGAAAGCGGUUACUGGAGCGCCAGAGGGGCAAUAGAGCCAAGCGGUAGGUCGGAAAGCAAAGAGGAAAUGUAGUGUGUGGAGUAAAAUAUGAAAAAAAUAGUAAUUAAUUGUAGGAAAAUUAGCUCAAUUUGCAAGAGAGUGGAAAUAUGUAAACAAUAAAUAGUGAAAAUAUAGAAAAUAAACAUUUAUAAGUAUAUACAUACA